UCAGAAAUCUGAUUUCACAAGAAAAUCAUUAAAACAAAACAAAAAAAAAAUGGUGCCUAGAGGGAGAUUACAUACUCGUGGUGGUGCAUCAAAGAAUUCAUCAUCAUCAUCAGCAGCACUGAUAUUUUCAUUAAUAAUUAUAUGUUUGUUUUUCAUUUUAAUCCUUCUUGCUCUUGGAAUUCUUUCUAUUCCAAGAGAUUCUGUUAAUACUUCUCAAGAAGCUAAUGAUCUUACCUCUAUGGUUCAACGUGUAACCAAUGCUGCUGCCACCAGAAGUGAUGGUAAGGUGGAACAUUGGGUUGAAGUUAUCUCAUGGGAGCCUAGAGCUGUUAUCUAUCACAAUUUCCUGUCGAAAGAAGAAUGUGAAUAUCUAAUUAAUCUUGCUAAACCUCAUAUGGAGAAGUCAACCAUUGUUGAUAGUGUGACCGGCAAAAGCAAAGAUAGUAGGGUACGCACAAGUUCUGGAACAUUUUUAAAACGAGGACAAGAUGAGACAGUCCGUGCUAUUGAGAAAAGGAUUGCAGACUUCACCUUCUUACCGGUUGAACAUGGUGAAGGACUCCAAGUUCUGCACUAUGAAGUUGGUCAGAAAUAUGAACCUCACUUUGACUACUUCAAUGAUGAUUAUAACACUAAGAAGGGGGGUCAACGAAUGGCUACAGUUCUGAUGUACCUAUCAGAUGUUGAAGAAGGGGGCGAAACAGUCUUCCCUUCUGCAAAGGGAAACAUUAGUGACGUACCUUGGUGGAAUGAACUAUCUGAUUGUGGUAAAGAAGGGUUAUCUGUUAAACCGAACAUGGGAGAUGCGUUACUUUUCUGGAGCUUAAAACCAGAUGCAACUCCAGAUCCUUCAAGUUUUCAUGGUGGAUGCCCAGUUAUUAAGGGCAACAAGUGGUCUUCUACAAAAUGGAUCCGUGUCAAUGAGUAUCGGACAUAAUUUUAUAAGGUACUGCUAUAAAGCUUCAAGCAAUCAGUGCACAUGUUUUCAGUAGAUAUCACCAUUUGUUUAAUUCACAGUUCUUUACAUGAUGCAGCUAUUUCAUCGAAGGUAUAGGUGAUUACUCUUACCAUAUGUGUAGCUUACAUCUCUCAGAUAAUUAGCCACUUUUAUUUUUAUUCUCUUUUGCCUUUAGGAUUUACUAGUGAACCUGAGUCGGUAUUUUUGCAGGUUUUCACCAUGCUCUCAUUGGUUUGCUCAUCUAAAACUGUUGUUUAGAGAUAACAUGGAAGGUUUACAAUCGCGAGAACAAAUUUCUUUCAAAUCUGAUUACACCCCGGCCUCAUCCUUUGCUAGAGUUAAAUUUGUUUUUCAUUUUAGGAUAUAUCACUGAUGUUGAUGCCCUUUAUCACCACUCUAACUAUUGGUUUACUUGUCUUGAGGCAUGGAUAAAGUUAAUUGAAUCUUGUCAAAAGAGUUACCGUUCAUGGAUUCAAUACAAUAAUAGUUGAUGGAUAAUAUUGGGUCGGUUCAGGACUAUCGAGCUGUACAGAGCUUUUUAUUUUAAGCCCCAGGGUUGGUCCAUUUGUGCACCUCAGCCAGAUUGUGUAAAUUUUGUGUUAACCAU